GAGUGUGAGAGAAGCUGCUCAGAAUAGUCUUAUAGAUUCAACUCAGCUUUACAUUAUGUAAUGCACACAGUUCAGCUCGUCUUAAAGACCGAAUCUUCUUAAUAAAGUGCCUUACAGGAGCGCGGCAUGUCCACCCAGGUUCUCGGGCCUGAACCCGCUGCCGAGGGGAGCCAGAGCGGAGGUGGUAAACUGGGCCUCCUCAUCAACAAACUUCACACGUUUCUGGCAGUUUCUGCAGAGCAGGGAAGUGAGCACAGCUUACCAGGACACUGGAACGGUGCAAUGGCCAAAGAAUUUAUUGAGCAGCAGCAGGCAGUAGCUCAGGCUGCAGAAGAGAGCGUCCAGCCCAGCAGCUCCUCGGAGCCGAAGGCGGCGGCCACCGCUCGUUCCAGGAGGAAGCCGCUGGUGGUGACGAAGCACAGCGGUUUAAACGAGUCGGACGCUUCCACUGAGAGCGGGGCGGACGACGCUCUGUCGGUCAACUCCAGUGAACCCGACACGAGCUGCCUGCCUAAAGGUACGGUGUUUGUGCAGCCGGAGCCGGUGAGUAACGAAGUCCGGGACGAGUUCAGAGGCCCCGAAUUCCGCAGCAAACGAGUCAAACAGAACAAAGAAUUCUCUGAAAGACGGAGAGGAUGCUGUGAAAUCGAGCGAGUGAACUGCACGGCGUGUGGUCAGCAGGUGAACCAUUUCCUGAAGGACUCGGUCUACCAGCACCCAGCACUCAAAGUGCUCAUCUGUAAGUCAUGUUACAAGUACUACAUGAGCGAUGACAUCAGCAAGGACGCAGAGGGGAUGGACGAACAGUGCAGGUGGUGCGCAGAAGGAGGAAGCCUGAUCGGCUGCGACUACUGCAGUAACGCUUUCUGCAAGAAAUGCGUGCUGCGGAACCUGGGCCGGCGGGAGUUGUCGGCCAUCCUGGAGGAGGAGCGUAAGUGGUACUGUUACGUGUGCAGCCCGGAGCCGCUGGUGGACCUGGUGUUGGCCUGCGACGACGUCCUCCAGAACCUGGAGAAGAUCUGGGCGCGCAAGCGCUCCGACAGGCCCGGCGUGAUGGGCAGAGGCAUGGUGGGCGGAGGGCGCGGGAAGCCCAGAGGCGGGCGCGGAGGGAUCGGGGCGGGGUUCACGGGGGCCUCGGCCCCCUCCAGAGGACUCUGCGAGCGCACGCAGCGCGUGGUGGACAUGACGACCUCGCUGAACCGCUCGUACGUGGACUUCAUGCAGAGCGAGAGGGACGAGGAGGCCAGCGAGGAGGAGGACGUGGAGCGAGCCAAGAGGCUGAUGAUGUUCCGCACCAUCCUGCAGGACCUGCACAAGGCUCACGGCGCUCUGCAGCAAGCACUAGAUCGUGAGCUGUAUGGAACCAAAAACCAGAAACCGAGGGGGAAACCUCGGCAGCGCAGGGCUCGGGCUCCCAGAGGCUCGGGCGUCACUAAAGAACUGGUGGUUCAGCUAACGCCGGUACCGGUGAGCGACAGUGUCGACGGCGCUAAUGCUGACACCCCUGCUGAAGCAGAUUCCCUAGCUGAGGUGAAGCCCGAAAUGAAAGAGGAGGAGGAGGAGGAGGCGCAGGAAGUGAUGGAGGUGAUCGAAAUUAGGGACGAUGACGCCGAGGUGAAGGAGGACGAGGUAAAAGUGGAGGAGGCGGCCGAGGAAAAAGCCUGCACGCCGGCGGAGGAGGACAACACCGAGGAGGAGGACGAGGAGGAUUUGGAGCCGGAGGAAGACAACAAGCGCUCGCCUCGCGUGAAGACCACGCCACGCCGCCGGCCCUCCGAAAAGCCGCACGGCAGCAUCGCCGAGGACUCGGAUUCUGACGAAGUGCCGGCGGUGCUUCUGCAGACGGCCGCCAUCACCAUCCCGUCCAGCGACGACGAGGUCGGCCCCGACAGCGACGCCGGCGGCUCGGAGUCGAACCGCGAGGUGCGGAAGAAGUGCCUGUUCGGUCUGGUUAAAACCACGCCGCCGUGCCAGGACCGCAACCCGCGCAAGCGCAAACUCAAGGAGAGGUCGUCCUCCUCAUCCUCAUCCUCCUCGUCCACGUCGUCGGCCGCCGGCGCGGCGGACCCCAAUCCCAAGGUCAGGAGGACGGUGGGGCGGCCGCGCAAGGUCGCCAAGCAGACGGCGGAGAGCGAGAGCGAGUCGAGCGAGCAGGAAACCGACACCGACUCGGACGAUCAGGACCAGAAGAUCAAACCGCUCAGUGAUGUCGCGCUUAUGGCGGCCACCACGUUCCAUCAACAGUCGUCUGGUGACGAGGUAGACGUGUGUCCUGCCCCCGCCGCCGCGCUGGACGAGGAUGAUGUGGAGAAUAGAAUUGCUAAGCAGAUCCUGUUGGCCAAGAUUAGAGCUAAUCUCUCCGAUUCCGAUCGAGAGGACAGCUCAGAUGACGACAUGGAUAACGGCGGGUCGGGAAGGCAGGAUGAGACGGACACAGCGAGAGACCAGGAGGUGGAGGAGGAGAACCCAGCAAACCCAGAGGACAGUGAGCCCACUGAUAACAGCUCUGAUUCAGACGGUUGUGCUGUAGAAAUAAAAGCCCGCCACCGCCUGCUGCGCUAUCCUUUGACUCCGUGGGAGGAAAACUCCAAAGAUUCCAGCGACAAGACGACCAAUCGGAAGCAGACGGAGAACAGAAAUGAGGAAGCAGACUUAAGUGCAGUCAGCAGUGACGACUUCGAAUCAGCCAAAGAGGAGUCCGCGUUAAGCGAGGAGCUUAGCCAAUCAGAGGAUGAGGACUGCAGCUUGCUGAGCAACGAGCAGUUGAACCCACCCGUUGAGGCUGAACCACACACACCUGACAGGGAGACACCCGGCGACGAGGAUCCAGAGGCCGAUGGGAACACUGGUGAGGAUUCCCUGAGCACCCCUAAGGGUCGGAGGAAAAUCCGCCGGAUCCUGGAGGUGCAGCAGCUGGCCAAGGAGACUCAGGAGGCGCUGAGGGAGGAGGAGGAGAGGAGGAGGAGGCUUGCCGAGAGAGACCGACGGAGGAGGCAGGAGGAGGAGAACGGCGAGCGAUCCAGAGACGAUAAUGAGGUGAUGAUAAUAGGUGAAAGCACCAUCCCCUGUCCUGCCCCUCUGGUUCUGGAACAUAACGUAGAGGUGAACACGUACCUGCUGCGUAAACUGAAACCUCACCAACGAGCCGGUGUGCGGUUCAUGUGGGACAGCUGCUGCGAGUCCGUGGGGAAGGUGAAGUCGUCUCCCGGUUCCGGCUGCAUCCUCGCCCACUGCAUGGGCCUCGGAAAAACGCUGCAGGUGAUCGCGUUCCUGCACACGGUGCUGACGUGUGACCUGGUGGAGCUGAAGACGGCGCUGGUGGUGUGUCCUCUGAACACUGUGCUCAACUGGAAGUCCGAGUUUGAUAAAUGGCAGCGCGGGAUUUCUACUCGCAGAGUCGAGGUGAUUGAGCUGGUGACCAUCAAGUCUGUGUGGGCUCGCGUGGAAACUCUGAUCCGCUGGCAAAGAAGCGGCGGCGCGAUGAUCAUGAGUUACGAGACGUACCGGAUCCUGACUCGGGGGAACCAAGCCAAGUAUGCCAAGCACCGGCAGAACUUGCGGGCAGCGCUGCAGAACCCUGGGCCUGACAUUGUAGUGUGUGAUGAAGGUCAUAUCCUGAAGAACGAAACAUCGGGCAUCUGUAAAGCCAUGAGUUCCAUCCACACCCGCCGGCGAAUCACUCUAACCGGAACGCCACUCCAGAACAACCUCACUGAGUAUCACUGCAUGGUGAGCUUUGUAAAGCAGAACCUUAUGGGCUCUCUGCGCGAGUUUCGGAACCGCUUCAUCAACCCCAUUCAGAACGGCCAGUGCGCCGACUCCACCCCCUCCGACGUGAGCCUGAUGAAGAAGAGGGUGCACGUUCUCCACGAGCUCCUUGCCGGAUGUGUUCAGAGGCGGGAUUAUUCUGUCCUGACCGCUUUCCUGCCCCCAAAACAAGAAUACGUGCUGUCGGUCGGGAUGACGCCGUUACAGUGUCAACUGUACAGACAUUACCUACAGAACUACACAGCUGAAGGAGAAGGUGUGAACAGGCUGUUUCAAGACUUUCAGAAUCUCAGUUUGAUUUGGACUCAUCCGUGGUGCCUGCAGCGAGCUGAUCAAAAAGGAAACAAGAAUAAAGCGCAGGAUUCUGCUCCUGUCCCUACGACGACUGGUGAGAGUUCAGAACCAGCAUCGUGCCACAACCACAGUGAACGAAGGGAGGAGGGCAGGACAACAACAGAAGAAGUGCGCAGCAUGUUCAGCGGACCCCCGCCGGGCUGGUAUAGACGGUGUGUGUGUGAUGCUGAUGCUCAACUUCUGGAGCAUUCUGGGAAAUUAGUGCUCCUGAUGGAGAUACUGCACUGGGCUGAACAACUGCAGGAUAAAGUGUUGGUGUUCAGCCAGUCUCUGGUGUCACUGGACCUGAUUGAAAACUUCCUGAGGUUGGCUGACAAAGCAAAGAAAGAGGGGAAGCCGUCUAUAUAUAAAGGGGAGCGGUCGUGGGUGCGAGAUCAGGAUUAUUACAGACUGGACGGCUCGACUACAGCAACAGCACGAAAGAAAUGGGCUCAGGAGUUCAACAGCAUCCGGAACAAACGCUGCAGGUUGUUCCUAAUCUCCACCAGAGCCGGCUCACUGGGGAUCAAUCUGGUAGCAGCCAAUCGUGUCGUGGUGUUCGACGCCUCGUGGAAUCCAACGUACGACGUUCAGAGCAUCUUCAGAGUGUACCGCUUCGGUCAGAGAAAACCUGUCUUCGUCUACCGCUUCCUGGCACAGGGGACGAUGGAGCAGAAGAUCUAUGAGCGUCAGGUAGCUAAGCAGUCUCUGUCAUCGCGUGUGGUGGACCAGCAGCAGAUCCAGCGUCACUUCACUCACAGCCAGCUAUCAGAGCUGUAUCACUUCCAGCCUGAUGCCCACGCCAAAGUACACACCGCCCAGCCUGCAGACCGGGUGCUGGCGUUGCUCUUGCAGCACUGUGGGCGGAGCAUAGUGAGCUUCCAUGAACACGAUUCGCUGUUGGACCACAGGGAGGAGGAGGAGCUUAGCGUGGAGGAGAGGAAGGCAGCGUGGGAUGAGUACCGGGCGGAGGAGACGGUGCAGACGCGCACCCACAACCACGCGGCCCCCGUACCUGAUUCAGGUGCUCUGCAUGCUAUCGGCGGCCUGUGGAGGAAAUCCAACAAGGAACUGGAGGCCAUGUUGAAGAAAGGUCGUCUGGAACUCCUCAGAGCUUCAGAGAACAUCAAACCCCAGUGUGUGGAGUUCUUUGAGCGCGAACUGAAGAAACACAACCCUCAGCUGGACAGUGAGAAGAUCAUGCAGAUGGCGACUCGGGCUCAGGCUAACUUUGAGAGAGAGAGACAUCGGAGGGUGGAGAUAUACCAGCGUAAACUUAAAUAUCAGCAGAAUCUUAUUGUUCACACGCAGCAGAUUCUGGCGAGCAGGGUGGGGUCAGCCAACGUAGCCCCGCCCACCACUACACCACUGCAGGGAUUUACAGGAGGCGUAACUUUCUCAGCCACGCCCACUAGCCAAGCAUGGGGCACCACACCCCAAGGACGCGGACGGGGCGUGACUCCUCGGGGACGGGCUCUGAACAGAACCCCACAGGGACCUGGACUCGCUCCCCAGGGGCGGGGCUCGUUGUCUGGCUCGUUUUUCCGGCUUCCAGGGAGCAGACAACUUUCACACCAAAGCCACGGAGCAGCACCGCAGGGGGCGGCCGCGCGCCCGAACCGCUGAAGAUAAAAGUUUAUAACGACUGAGGUACAGAAAUAGGAUAAAGCUAACGUAGCUACCUCUAGCUAUCAGGACACGACAGCCAAUUAAAACGCUGGAGUUAAUUUUUGGAAUUAUAUUUUUGUUUGGGGUUUGUUUGUUUACAGUAAAAUUAGUGCUUCUUUCAUGCUGGAUUCAGAAAGUAUUCAGACCCCUCCACUUAAUUCUGAAUGUGUGCAGUGGAUUUGAUUUUGAAUAAAUGUAGCUGCUAUUUAGAUCAUUUUUAUUUACAUUUAAUCACCCAGAAUGACGAAUGUGACGUUUUUGAAAUCGUUUAUUCCUAAAACUAUUCAGACCCUUCGUGUUUAACACCUCGUACAGUAGAACGUCUUUGGCUGCAGGUCUCUACAAGUGUUGCACACGUGGGUUUAGGUGGUUUAUCCCACUUUUCAUGGCACAUCGUCUCAGUCUGUGAACUGCUGUCGUUACGUCUCUAAACAGAUGACUGGGAUUAAGUCUGGGAUUUGACUGGAAUUAAGACUAUUGCAUGAUGCUGCCACCACCAUGUUUUACAGUCGAGAUGAUAUUCAAUUUAUCACUUCAUUUAAAUCAUUGCUUUAAUCUGUGACAUGCUUUGACGACUGAGAUCCACAGACGUCCCGUAGACAUCACGGUUUGGCUAACAGGACUUCACCUGAGGGUCUGAAUACUUUUGUAAACUAGAGAUUUCACUUUUUGACUUAGAUUUCCGCCUGAUUAUGUGUAGAUGUAUUAUUUAACAUCAUAUACACAUGAACACGUGUGCACAAACAGCCGAGGAGGGGGGGGGUUUGAAUACUUUCUGAAUCCGUGAUGUGUUGUUUACAUUUUGUCUAUUUUGUCGUAAUUGUUAAGCUGGUAGACUAAACCUGAGGCUGGGUUUGAUUAUUAACUCCGGUCACCGUCUUUGAGGAGUUUGGCAUGUUCUCAUGUUUCCAAAUGUCUUCCAAAGUCUCUGAAAUCUCAUAAUAUGGACGAGCGCAUUCCAGGACGCCUUACUGUAGCAUGAGAGCCACCAAAGUACUGACCGGGAUGAAGCGGUUCGAAAAUCUAAGCGGAUUAAUGAUACACAGUGUAUUUAGUCAUUUCCACUUCCCUGUUGCAGUUCCUCCACCACAUACACCACAUCUGUACUGGCCAAGCAGAGCCACAGGCUGGGGUCUCCACUCUUUUUUUUUUUUUACAUCUUGACUGCCCCAAAAAGCCCAGCGUGUCACAUCUGAUGAUCUGAGGUGUGUUAAAGCCAGAGUACAACCACGCAGGCACAGAGAGAACAUGCAAAACUCCUCAGUGACCAGAGGUAAGGUUCCAACCCAAGUCAUCAGGGAAAAACCAAAAAUUUCGCCUUAUUGUGGACGGCAGAAGAUUUUACCAAACUUGAAGGCUCCCUAGUCAGAAGCUAGGAAUUCUGGGUAAAUGUGUGUAUGGUGCUCAUAUUUAUGGGAGCGUUCGUGAAUGUAUUAACGCUCAGACGUUCGCAGUUUCUAACCAGGACCACUUAAACUGCUGCGACGUUUUGCAGUGAGUGGAUGAGUGGUAUAUUUUUUUACUCGCUGUUCUGGAUGAUGUUUCCGAGUUGAAAAUGCUGCAGCGUGUUUGUGUUUUUUAGACCGAAACUUGAAGCCUGUGGUAAAGAAAUAUUUUCUGUAAUGUUAUGAUUGUCACUAAUAAAAGAUUCAUCUUGUAACUUAA